AUGGAUACAUACACCUUUGCAACGUCUCGCCAGAUAGACUUCCCUGUCUGUGUCAGAAUCAACACGUUGGAGGGCAAACAGCAUUCCUUCCCGUAUACUAUUCUACUCAAACACCCAGAGAUACGCCACGUCGGAUCGGUCCAGAACUCGAAUUCAGAGCUGUAUGUAACUGCUCAGCUAUGGGCCGAGUCCAAGCCGCUCGGUGUUUCUAUGCAAACGCCACAUACGUUCUUCAAAAAUAACAGAACCUGGAACAAAUGGCUGGAAUUACCCGUUCUGGUCAAGGACUGUCCCAUCUCGUCACAGAUCGCCAUCACCGUAUGGGAUAUUUCACCGUGUCCAGAGAAUGGUAGCAUUGAUCACGCCGUGCCGUUCGGCGGCACCACCAUUCCCUUGUUCGAUGGAGACGGAACACUGAGGAAAGGCCGCCAGAAAUGCAAGAUCUAUCGCCGAAGGGCCGCCGAUGGUCAGUCGCCAUCCAACACUCCCCAUAUUCCACGCCCAAAACGUCGAACGCCAAAUGAGCAACCCCCUCCCCCUAUUCCGGAAGAGGAGGAGCUCGAACGGCUCGAGCAGCUCUUCAAAAAACAUGAAAUGAAUGAGAUUCCUCAGAACGACUGGCUUGAUCAAUUGGUCUUUCAGAAUGUCGGCAAGAAGGCUCGCCAAGUGGAGGAAGCUACACGGAAACGCUCCUCACUCAAUAAGCCGACAAAGCGCAUGUCAGCCGAGUUGAUAUCGAUGAACGGACACGCCGGGGUCGAUGCCGAAGACGACCCUGACGACAACACGGACGAUGAUGAACGUUUCACCCUUUACGUCGACUUCCCCCGCUGGGAUUUCCCCGUCAUAUUUGAAGAUUAUGGAUAUGAGCCAUCGAAGAUGAUGAAAGAGUUUCAAAGUACUCCUUCCGCUUCGACUGUGGGGGCAAAACCUCCGCCAGAAGUCCGAUAUGGUCCGGGUAUCGCGCCAGGCUCAUCCGUUGUCGAUGACGAGGAUUAUCCGGUGGUGCAAAUCUUCGACCCCGAGCAGUUUCAGCGAGAAAACCCCUGUGAGAGCAAGCACCGUCGACUAGUCCGCAGCGACAGGAAUGCCUUCUCCGACAGUGAUCAAAAGCCGAACGCCAAAAUGAGAGAUGAGCUCAAUGAAAUUCUGUCGUAUGGCCCCACGCAGGAACUGAGUGCCCAAGACAAGGAUGUCAUUUGGACAUUCCGACGGCACUUGAGUCGUGAUAAACGAGCCCUGACCAAGGUUGUCAAAGCGACUGAUUUCACCAAUCCAAAUGAGGUGCGUCAACUUGUUGAGUUGAUCCCUAGGUGGGCCAAGAUCGACGUCGAUGCAGCUCUCGAAUUACUGGGUCCCACGUAUGACAAUCCUGUCGUCCGAGCCUAUGCCGUUGACCGACUUCGACAAGCUGGGGACGCCGAAUUGCAGUUAUACCUUCUUCAACUCGUCCAAGCGCUGAAGUUUGAGAAGUAUGAGAGUACCGAAGAAGGGCUUCCAGCUUCGUCGUUGGCCAAAUUCCUCAUCGAUCGUGCUGCCAAUAAUUUUUUGCUCGGGAACUACUUGCAUUGGUUCCUGAUGGUCGAAUGUGUGGAUCAGGGCAGCGAGACCAGUGCUGCAAAUCGAGCAGUAUUUGCGAGAGUCGAGUAUUACUUUAUGAUGGAGCUGGAAAAGCGAGAUCCCAGUCUGCGCAAGACAUUGUUGAGACAAGGCGAGUUGAUUACCAUCCUCUCGAGCAUCAGCAAGGAAAUCCGCUUCAGCAGGGCCAACCGCCUACAAAAGAUCGAGUUGCUCAAGAAGACUCUGGCUGACCCCAAGAACGAACUUAUUAAAAUCGAGCCACCCAUUCCCCUGGCGCUUGACCCCGAAGUCCAAGUAUGUGGGAUAUUUCCCGAAGAAGCCAAUGUCUUCAAAUCGUCGUUGUCCCCAUUGUACCUCAACUUCAAGGUCGCCAGCGCUGCCGAGAGUUCGAGCGCAUCGACGCAGCGAACGCAGACGCACGGCAAAUAUCCCAUCAUUUUCAAGACAGGCGAUGACUUGCGGCAAGACCAGCUCGUCAUACAGAUUAUAACACUCAUGAACAAUCUUCUGCUCAAGGAGAAUCUUGACCUGAAACUGACCCCCUACCGCAUUCUCGCCACCUCACCCUCGGCUGGUGCGGUCCAGUUCAUACCAUCAACCGCGCUUUCGGUGAUCUCGACCAAGUACAAGGGGUCGGUGUUGGCCUAUCUGCGUGCCAACAACCCCGACGCAUCUGGACCUCUUGGUGUCCGUAAGGAGACCAUGGAUACAUACAUCAGAUCGUGUGCCGGGUACUGUGUCAUCACCUACAUUUUGGGAGUGGGCGACCGCCAUCUCGACAACCUCUUGCUGCAACCCUCGGGCCAUUUCUUCCACAUCGAUUUCGGUUUUAUCCUCGGGCGAGAUCCGAAGCCUUUUGCACCACUCAUCAAGUUGUGCAAAGAAAUGGUGGAAGGGCUGGGUGGCACCACGUCACCACAGUACGCUCAAUUCAAACAAUUCUGCUUCACAGCCUAUACGACCCUACGCAAGUCCAGCUCCUUGGUGCUGAACUUGUUCAGUCUAAUGGUCCAGAGCUCUGUCACAGACAUCCGACUGAUGGAAGAACAGAUGGGAGGCAUGGGAGGCGCUGUGGGCAAAGUGAGAGAGAGGUUCAAUCUCGACGUCAGUGAAGAAGAGGCAGUGAGGGCACUAGAUCAGGUGUUGGCAGACAGCGUCAAUGCUGUGUUUGGAGUGGUCAUUGACAGGCUCCACGAGUUUGUGCAGGGGUGGCGGGCUUGA